AUGCGAAAACAGCUCGACCCGCGAAUACCGAUACUGAUAAACAACAAUGUCAAGAAGAACAACCGAUCCUUCAUCGUUCUGGUUGGUGACAAGGGCAGGGACCAGAUCGUGAACCUGCACUUCCUGUUGUCGCAAGCGCGCGUGUCCGCCCGCCCCUCCGUGCUAUGGUGCUACAAGAAGGAGCUUGGCUUUACCAGUCACCGCAAGAAGCGCGAAGCGAAGAUCAAGCGCGACGUGAAGAGCGGUCGGCGCGAGCCCAACGAACAGAACCCGUUUGAGAUCUUCGUCACCGUGACCGACAUUCGGUACACAUACUACAAGGAGUCGCACAAGAUAUUGGGCAACACCUACGGAAUGUGCGUGCUGCAGGACUUCGAGGCGAUCACGCCAAACUUGCUCGCGCGCACGAUCGAGACGGUCGAGGGCGGGGGGCUUGUCGUGUUGCUGCUGAAGACGAUGAGCUCGCUCCGACAGCUGUACAACAUGACGAUGGAUGUGCAUGCACGGUACCGCACGGCAUCGCACGAUGCGGUGACCCCGCGCUUCAAUGAGCGAUUCAUUCUCUCGCUGGGCUCGUGCGAUGACUGCUUGUUCUUGGACGACGAGCUGAACGUGCUCCCCAUCUCGCGAGGGAAGGAUAUCUCGCCCGUCUCUGAUGACGAGCUCCCGAAGCCCCAAACGAAGGAACUCAAGGAACUCGCCGAAAGUCUCGCCGAGACCAAGCCCGCCGACGCCCUCGUCCCCCUCGCCAAGACGGUCGAUCAAGCGCAGGCGAUCCUCACCUUCAUCGACGCCAUCUCGUCAAAAACCCUCUCCUCUACAGUCUCCCUUACCGCUGCGCGCGGACGCGGAAAGUCCGCUGCGCUCGGUUUUCCGACGCCGGAGAACUUGAAGACGCUGUUUGAGUUUAUCUUCAAGGGGAUGGAUGCGUUGGGCUAUGAGGAGCACUUGGACUACGACAUCAUGCAGAGCACGAACCCGGAGUGGGGGAAGGCGAUCGUGAGGGUGAAUGUGUUCAAGGGGCACAGGCAAACCAUCCAGUACAUCCAACCUGAAGAUGCACAUGUCCUCGGUCAGGCCGAGCUCGUCAUCAUCGACGAAGCCGCCGCCAUCCCUCUCCCCCUCGUCCGCAACCUCAUCGGGCCCUACCUCGUCUUCCUCGCUUCCACCAUCAACGGCUACGAAGGCACUGGCCGCUCCCUCUCGUUGAAGCUCAUUCAGCAGCUCCGAGAAAGCACUCGCUCCACACCCUCCGCGCCCCCAAACACCGUCUCCAAAGACGAUGCCGCCCCCGCACCAACGAAAAAGAAGGUCGCCGCGGCACCUGCAUCCGUGAAGACGCGCUCCUUGCGCGAGGUGAAGCUUAGCACGCCCAUCCGGUACGGUGCAGGCGACAAGAUCGAGAAGUGGCUGAACCAGCUGCUGUGUCUGGACUGCACGUCGACGGCGCCGUCGGCCGCGGCGCAGGCGCAGGGGACGCCUCAUCCGUCGACUUGCCCCCUGUUCCGCGUGUCGAGGGAUACGCUGUUUUCCUACCAUCCUGCCUCGGAGCUGUUCUUGCAGCGUAUGAUGUCGCUCUAUGUGUCCUCGCACUACAAGAACCAGCCGAACGACCUCCAAUUGCUCUCCGACGCACCCGCGCAUGAGCUGUUCGUGCUGCUGCCGCCCAUUAAGGAUGACGAACGGUACUUGCCAGAACCUAUCGUCGUGCUCCAGGUCGCGUUGGAGGGUGGCAUUCGGCGAGGCGUCGGGCAGGAGGAGUUGCGAAAGGGUGUGGUCGGUGGCGAGGGUGGGGAUGGUGAUGAUAGGAAUUGGCGGUCUGGGGGUGAUUUGAUACCCUGGAUCGUUAGCAGCCAGUUCCAGGAGGCGAGCUUCGGGCGGAGAUUGAGCGGUGCCCGUAUCGUGCGUAUUGCUGUGAGCCCGGACUAUGCAAGCAUGGGUUACGGCUCGCGUGCCGUGCAGGCGCUCUCGCAGUUCUACAGCGGCGAGUUGUACGACUACACGAAGGAUCACGGUCCAGAGGACACGCCGAUGCAGCAGGACGAUGUCGCACCCGGCACAUCCCUCCUCACCGAAUCCGCACCCACCAUCCGCAACGUCUCUUCCAUGCCGCCACUGCUGCAAAGAUUAGAAGAGGUCAAGCCGCAAACGCUUGACUGGCUGGGUGUCUCGUACGGGUUGACAGGGCAAUUACUGAGGUUCUGGAAACGCGCCGGCUAUGUGCCAAUUUACAUCCGGCAAACGACCAGCGAUCUGACCGGCGAGCACACCUGCGUCAUGAUCAAGUCUCUCAACACGGGCGAGAGCGGCAGCGAGUGGGUGGUGGAGUUUGCGAAGGACUUCCGACGCCGUUUUCUCUCCUUGCUCUCCUUCCCUCGCUUCCGGGACUGGACGAGCGUGACGGCGCUGAGCGUGCUCGAGGCGGUGGAGAGUGGAGUGAAGAAGGCGGGGCAGACAUCAGCACCCACUGACGCCCUCACUGCCGGCGACCUCGCGCACCACCUCACGCCCUACGACAUCAAGCGCCUUGAGUCGUACGCGAACAACAUGCUCGACUUCCAUGUCAUCAUGGACAUGAUGCCCACGAUCGCGGCGAUGUACUUUGCGGGGAAGUUUGGGGCGAAGGGGGAUAGAGAUGAGGCUGAGAAGGGCGUGAAACUGAGCGCGGCGCAGAGCGCGAUUUUGCUAGCCCUAGGUUUGCAAAGGAAGACGAUUGAGGAUGUCGAGCGCGAGCUCUCCCUCCCCGUCUCACAAGCCCUCGCCCUCUUCAACAAGGUCAUCCGCAAGAUCUGCAAGCGCAUCAGCGACGUGCGAAAGGAAAACAUUGUCGCGACGGCCACCGACCUGCCCGCGGAGACUGCGCGGAUAGCGCUCGCCGCGCCGGGCGAGGUGGUCCGCGAGAUGGAAGAGGAGCUGGAUGAGGCGGCGGAGGAGGAAGAUAGGAAGAGGAGGAGGGAGAUGAUCAGUGCGCUGGAUUUGAAAAAGUUCGCCAUCAACGACGCCGCCCUCGAGGGCGUCGAGAUCGGCGCGCGCGGCAUUGUCAGCGUCAAGGUCGGUAAGGAGAGUGGCCAGAAGCGCAAGGCAGACGCAGAGGACGCGCCGCAACAUAAGGAUAAGUCGAAGCCGAAGAGACCCUCGAAAAAGGCUAAGCAAUGA